AUGGCAGAGGAAGUGAUAUUGUUGGACUUUUUGCCGAGCCCGUUUGGGAUGCGGGCCAGGAUUGCCCUGAGAGAGAAGGGUGUGGAGUUCGAAAUGAGGGAGGAGGAUCUGAGCAACAAGAGCCCCCUGCUCUUGAAGAUGAACCCGGUCAACAAGCAAAUCCCCAUCCUCAUCCACGGUGGCAAGCCUGUUUGCAAGUCCCUCAUCAUGGUCCAGUACAUCGACAACACCUGGGGUCGCGAGUCUCCUCUCCUGCCUUCGAAUCCUUAUGAGUGUGCUCGUGCCAGCUGGUUUUAUGGUUUGGAGGCUUUGACCAACUUCAGCAUCAAGGAGGAGUGCCCCAAGUUUGUGGCGUGGGCCGAGCGUUGCAUGCAGAGGGAGAGCGUGGCCAAGUUGUUGCCCAACUAG